CUUCACUCACGUCGCCCCAACACUCCCACCUAGUGUACUUCUCGACCCCGGACCGCAUACGCUAUGAGCGAUAUUGGCUCUGGUAGAAUCGUCGACCGUAUAUCUCCACGCCGCUAAACCUCCAUCUCCGCACUGUGCGCCCAGGCAGUCGCAAAGAGAAUAUGGCCGGCGCGCGAGGGAGACUCCACAAGAAAACAACGGCCGCGGCUACUCCACGACGAUCAUCGCGAAGAACAAAGGCGGCGCAGCAAGAUGAAGAAGUCCCAGAUGUCUACCGUGAGAUGCUGUACGAGGAGCGCGCAUCCAAAACUGGCAGCGUAGACGAUGAUUCGAGGCCGCUGAAGAAGAGGAAGACUGCACCAUCACAAAGAGCAAUAAGUCCUGUGUCUCCACCUUUGGAAGUAGAGCCCUCCAGAGACCCUGUGUCCACCGUGUCGUCGCCAGCGCCAGCGCCAUCGCCAGUCAAGGCCUCGUCACAGCUACCGUCGCACACUCGCGCACAGGCAACUGCCACCAGCGAGGUCGAUCUUGACGAGGAACCACAUACCAGCGGUCGUGUGAAACAAACCAUUAUAGACUCGGACGAGUCAGACGACAGUGAUGUCGAGUGGGAAAAUGCGCUUGGGGACGGUGAAGAUAGCGACGAUCAGGAUGAUGGAGAAGACGCGGCACCUGAGAUUGGCGAUAUCAGCAUCACGAUAGGAGGCAACAAGAGCAUAGAAAAUGAAUCCAAGAGGAAAGUUCGUCGACGGGCAAUUACGUCCGUCGACAAGAAGCGACGUCUGGAUAUCCACAAAAUGCACGUCUUAUGCCUACUCUACCAUGUCCACCGAAGAAAUGUCUGGUGCAACGAUGGGAGGGUGCAGUCCGCGCUACGAAAACUGGUGCCUCCGAAGACUCUAGCAAAUCUCGUACCCAACCCCGACUUUACACAAUACCAGACAUCGAAACGUUUUGUCGAGGGUAUGAACGAGCUGAAAAUACUGUGGUCAAAACGAUUCAAGGCUACUGCUCAGGGUAUGUACAAGCCACGGUGGGCAGAAGCAGAUACAGAAGCUCGUCCAUUCUCUGACUUUGACGAGCUCGACGACCCCAUGGACAGGGACGACUUUCGUAAGGCUGCACACACAUUGCGAGGCUCGCAAGACGUUGGAGCUCAGCUAUUCUGUGCUCUCCUUCGUACUAUCGGCGUAGAAGCCAGGCUUGUGUGUUCACUACAACCUCUACCUUUUGCGUCUGCAGCCCAGCCCACCACACCGUUGAAACCAACUUCUCACAAGAACACCAUAAUCGUAGAUCCAUACAACAAUAGGGAAAGUUCGACGCCCUCCAAACCCAAACCAUCGGGUCCAUCUCGGCCCAAGAAACUCUCCCGGCUGGAACGCAUCAUGGGCGAGCGACACCCUGUUCUGCAUAACACAGGCACAGCUCCAAAGAAGCAAAAGGCUUUCCACAGCCCGUACCCGGUCUACUGGGUUGAAGCAUUCAACUCUGCACAUCAGAAGUGGGUGCCGAUCGACCCGCUAUCAACAUUCACCGUCAACGCACCCGAGAAGUUGGAACCCCCUCUCAGCUUCGCCCAAAACAGCCUCACAUACGCCAUCGCAUUCGAAGACGACUACGCCGCAAAAGACAUCACACGACGCUACGCCAAAGCGUACAACGCAAAGACGCGCAAAUUUCGUGUUGAAUGCACCUCCGACGGCGACAAAUGGUGGAAGCGAACAAUGAAGUUCUUCAAACGCUCGCUCAAGCUCGACCGCGACCAAGUCGAAGACGCCGCACUAUCUCGUAAGGAAGCCGCAGAAGGCAUACCAAAGAGCGUGCAAGACUUCAAAGGCCACCCCGUCUACGUCCUCGAGCGCCACCUCCGCCACAACGAAGUCAUCCACCCCUUGAACCAAGUCGGAAAAGUAAACUGCGGCACCGCCAUGACCCCCAAAAUGGAGCCCAUCUACCGCCGCAAAGACGUCCACAUCGUCCGCAGCGCAGACAAAUGGUACCGACUAGGUCGCGACGUGCAAGGCGGCGAACAACCCCUCAAACACGCAAAGCCCAAGAAAGGCCGUCGACCCUCCAUCAGCAUCGGCAUGCCCAUCGACCCCGACGACGAUGAGCAAGAAGACGACCUCGGCACCCCCCUCUACGCACACUUCCAAACAACCCUCUACACCCCUCCCCCCGUCGUCAACGGCCGCGUCCCCCGCAACGCUUACGGAAACCUCGACCUCUACGUCCCCUCCAUGUGCCCCCCCGGCGGCACGCAUCUGCGCCACAAACUCGCCGCAAAAGCCUCGCGCAUCGUAGGCGUCGACUGCGCAGACGCCGUAACAGGCUUCUCGUUCAAAGGCCGCCACGGCACGGCCGUCAUCCAAGGCGUUGUCGUUGCCGCCGAAUUCUCAGACGCUGUCCAAGCCGUCAUCGAGGGGCUGGAGUAUGAGGUCGAAGCCGCGGAACUGGCUGCUCGCAGUGCUGAGGCGGUGAGGUUGUGGCGCCGCUUUUUCCUUGGUCUGAGGAUUGCGCAGCGCGUUAAUGCAAUGGUUAUUGAUGGGGAGCGCGGGCCGGGCGGGGAUGUGCAGGGUGCUAUUACGAGGGAGGAUAGGGCGCUCGCGGAGGCGGAGAUGGCGGGGGGGUUUUUCCCCGAGGAUGCGGAAAGAGAGUUUCCUGUUGCUUUUGCUGGGGGUUUUGCGCCCCAUGCUGCGGUUGAGCAUGCAGAUGCGGAUGACGCUGGGGGUGGUGGUUUCCUCCCUGAAUCCUCACCCAACCCCGAAGACGAAGACGAAGAUGAAGAGCAAUCCGAACCCGAACGCAGAGAAGUGCAUGCGGAGAGACGCGUACCCGCACUCCCCCGCGAACAUAGCUUCGAAAGCUCGAUCCUGGACGCGCAUGUCUUUCGUGUGCCGCGGCGGAUGGGGCGGGGCAGUGAGGUUGUUGUUGAGGAGGACGAAGACGAAGAUGAUGGGGAGGAUUCGUUUGAGAGUGAUUUCUCGGAUGGUGAUGUACCGCUACCUCUGGGAGAUGGUGGUCAGAGUAAGGAGGGUGGUGGGGAAGGGAUAGAAGAGGGGAUGGAAGAAGAAACGGGAGGGGGAGACGGAGAGGGGGAUGUUGAUAUGGUGGAUGUAACAGCACCACUACCGUCACCAGCACCAGCACCGCCAUCCCCUCCAUCGUCAGCGUCAGCAUCAGCAUCAGACACAAACUCCCUCCCGCUCGAGGACCCCGAGGACGAAGACGCCGACCCAGAUUGGCUUGUAGACGCCACAUAGCACAUAUAUCACCAUAUAGCCAAACCACUCAAUACAACCUCGCACAUCACAUUCAUCCCACCACUAUGAACCCUCCUUCCCCUUCAACAGCUCAUCCA